AUGUCUCCAAUUAUAGAUCACCCAUCUCUCCAUGCUGUUCUGGAAGGGACAGAGGAUAUAAGUGCGGAGGGGCUCAAGGUCUCUCAUUUCCGGGGAAUCCCAUAUGGAAAGAUUCCAGGUCGGUUUGUUCAGGCGGAAUUAGUAGAUGAGUGGCAAGGAAAGAAACUGGACUGUACUCGUUUUGGUCCGCAAUGCCCUCAGAAUCCGAUCGAUAUCGGGUAUCUCUUGCGAAUCCCGCAUUCACUGGAGAAAGAUGAAGAAACAGUAGCGCAAGAUGAAUUCAAUUGCUUGAACAUCAAUGUGUCUGUUCCAGAAGGCGCAAAGGGCCCACUUCCAGUUCUGAUUUGGAUAUACGGGGGUUCACAAGUCGUCAGCUUCCCGCCAAUACCCCAUAAAGCCUCCAACACAACGCCUCUGGUGGCUCAGUCGAUUUCCGGGGGAAAGCCAAUGAUCAUAGUAACCUUUAACUACCGGCUAAACAUCUUCUCUUUCGGGGACGGAUCUGAGAGGAAUCUGGCCUUGAAAGACCAAAGGUUGGCUAUCCAAUGGGUUGUGAAGCACAUUGCUGGCUUUGGAGGAGACAAGGAUAACAUCACGCUAGGCGGGGAAAGUGCGGGUGGAGUUUAUGCACAUGCUCAUCUCAGCACCGGCGCACCAGUUCGUCGUGGAAUCUUGAUGUCCGGUUCUCUCUAUCUAUCUCCACCUCAGCCCUACGAGCGAGGAGAUGGUCUCAUCGCUACUCUUUCUCAGAAGCUACAAGAGACACAUAACGUAUCCCUCAAGGAAGCACCAGUGCCAGUUCUUCUCAAGCUGCUAGCGGAUUCAAACAUCAACACUCUUUGGAUUCAGCAAGAGCCAGAUAUUGCGGGCUGGGAGACCCGACUAACCGCAGUCGAUGAGCUUCUUAUUGGGGAUUGCGAGUAUGAAUCCGUCAUCUGGAGAAAUGGUGUUGAAACCGCCAGCGCUGAGGAAAUCGAUGCAGCAUUUGACAUCGGCGCUCCUUUUGGCCCGCAGCUCAAACAUCUGUACAGCAUAUCCCCCACUAGAUCGACACCUUCCAGGCAUGGUGCUUUGGAUUUCAUCAACGAUCUUGUGUACGCCAUGCCGGUGGAAGAUGUGGUGCGCACUCGGCGCCAGGCCGGUAAGACCACAUACCAAUAUGUGAUCGACCAACCAAACCCAUGGCAAGCCUCCAGCCGCGCGCAUCACGCAGUUGAUCUUCUGUACCUGUUUGCUGGCUAUGAUCUUUCUUUUAACCCAGCUGCUGCAAAGGUAGCGCACGAGAUCAGGGAUAAGUGGAUCCAGUUUAUCAAUGGCGAGAAGCCUUGGGAUGCCGGGGAGAGGUUCGGAUUUGGACCGCAUGGGAGAGUUGGUGUGAUUGACGAUGCAGAGUUCGAGUCGCGACGGAGAGUAAAGCAUUUUGAAGUUUUGAGACAGGUUGAUAGGGCGAGCUUGUUCACCAUCUUCCGUAAGCUGGCUGCUGGGCGCAUCAGUCUUCACAAUUAG